AAAUCCUUAUCGACAACAUCGAAACAGACUUACCGUAAUCAGCUUACAUCGCUACACGUGUUCUUAAGGUCCUACUUAACCACAACUCCAAGAGUUUUCUGCAGCUCCAAAAAUAUUUCAUGUAUCUCAAAACUACGUAGAUUUAUAACUCAAUUGCAUAAACCGAACAAUUCGUAGAAAACUUCUAACUAUAAAACGUUCAAGUAGGGGCAGGAACGUAGGAUUAGAAAGUAAAUGGGUUUCUAGAGACUAGGGCUCAAUUCUUGUAAUUCAUCUUCGUUUGAUAAUAAUGAAUUUAUUUCGAACCGAACUAUAGCAUUACGUAAUUAGGGGAUUUAUAAAUAGUAUCUUGCAAUUCGACAAACCCCUGAAGUGGAAGUCGGAAGUGAAAAUCAACAAAAUGCAAAUGUACCAAACUCGCUCAAUUACUCCAACAAAAUACUCCGGUUCUGCAACGACAAUCCUGCCGCGAUGAUUUAGCUAUAAGUAAAAUUUCAAUUUACAACAAAAACAAAGAAUUCUUUGAGCGACAUAUGUUUUACACGCGUAACAUUUCUUUCUAAGCUAGUAGCGGCGGCAAUUAAAGCAUCCGGCGAAUACGUUGAUCGUUAUCGGUUUUCCUGGAAGAGUAUUUUUGGGAAAGUCCAAAAAGUUUUUGUUUAUAAGUUGAUACAACUCGACACCACUUUAGUUAAAUGCCAACGACAGCGAAGAGAGCAGAUAGCGAAUACUACCGUACGAGGAUACCGACAGAAUGAUGGAAACCUUCGAAGCGCAGUCCCAGUUGAAUUACGACUUUCUGCCAAAUGGAAACAACGCUCUGAACUUUAACUGUAGCUCAUCACCAGAAAAUUGCAACGGCUUUCACUUGGAUUGCAACUCUGUGCUGCCAAUACACGAAAGCCAGUGUUUGAGAGUGGGUGGAAUGAGUUAUUUAUCGAACUGGGCGACAACGAAGCCAAGACCGUGUAAGGAUUUACUACAGCAAGCUAUACGAGUUAAAAGAAUAAAAAAAGGACAAUUUAUGCCGGUCAUCGAUAAUUUUAGAAUUGUGCCGAAAAAAAGACGUAAGCCUUUACAAGGUGAAAUCCCCGAAGAUAUGCGAGUACGACGGGAAAAGAACCGUGAAGCGGCGAAGAAAUGCCGCUUAAAGAAACGAAAAGUGAUGCAAAAGUACCGAGAGAAAAUAGAGAACUACGAUCAAAAAAAUCAAGGAUUGCAAAAGGAGAUCAUUAAAUUGAAAAAGGAGAUCGCUGAACUCCAAAACCUCAUGAAAAAUCACAGUUGCAUUAAGUCAACAACACAAACUGAUUGCACUGUCGUCGUCCACCAAAAUUCCUCGUGUCUUAAAAAUACGACAACACAAUCAGAUACGGCGGCGGUCUCACUUGAUGAUGUUCUCAAUGAACUUCAGGACGACGACCGCUGGUUUGAAGAUUUACAGCAAUUCAUUGCACCUUAGAGCCGAUUAUAAAAAUCAGACUUUGUUUAUGUUACGUAUGUUUCUCUUGAUUUUAGGAGAGCGUAUAAACACAGAAAGCUAACAUACUAAAGGUCAUCUCACGUCAUUGAUUCGCCAUUCAACUAAAACCAUUCCGGAAAACACUCUCCCCCCGAUAGAGUAAAAGGGCGGACAGUAAGUUAAGAUUCUAACUGAGAAAUCAACAUCAAUCUUUGUAUCCAGACAAGAAAUACCUUGCACUCCCUAAGUGACGUAUGGUGCUUAUACAAUGACUGAAGAUGGCCAUGCACAUGUUAGCAUUCUGUUGGGAAAAUCUAUUAAUGCUCAGUUUUUAUGAGUUUGAAGUAACUUUCGUUGUAUGAAAGGUGAGAAAGUAUGUAUAUAUUAUACUCGAAUGAAAAAUUCAAAUAAAGAGACGAUUUUGGUAAAA